AGUCAUAACAGGAUACCCAAAAGCUGCAGACGCUGUGUGAACAAUUGUCUAAAGAUUAAAUUCAUACUGAGGAGCUCCGAAAUACUGUAAAACAUUCCCUUCGAGUUGGUAAGAGGCCGACAACGACUGGGAUGAAUAACUCGUUAAUACUUGAGAAACUGUACGCUGCCUUGCAGUCCCGUAGCACUGCCAGAACCGUCGCCGAAAGUGGAGCAUUUUUCAUUAUAUGGCUGGCCAUCAUGAUAGGUAAUUCUUUGACACUGUACAUAGUUCUUAGUAAUCGCCAGCUACGCACAGUCCCAAACCUCUUCAUUGUGUCUCUGGCUUUUUCUGACAUCGGUAUGGGUGUUCUCUCGAUGCCUAUGUGCUUUGCUGUCCUUUCUCUUUCCUACUGGCCGUUUAGUGAUAUUGCUUGUCAGUACGAAGGCUUUAUAGCUGUUACGAUGGGCCUUGCGUCUGUGCAGAGUCUAACUUGGACUGCUGUUAAUCGAUAUUACCGUGUGGUCAGGACCAAUAAGUAUAGAAAGUACUUUACAAUGCGGUCUACCAUCAUGUACAUCACUUCAGGCUGGGUUUUGUCUACCAUAUCUUUGACUCCAUAUUUGUUAGCAGGCCACAGAAUGAUCUUUCAUCCAGGCAAGUACUUCUGCUACGCACAUAUAGAUGUCGCCUGGUACAGCGCAUUCGUCGCGAUACUGUACGUAGGAAUACCAACUAAUAUCACUUUAUUCUGCUACUUUCGUGUCUUUCAAGUCGUCAAAAAACACAACAACAGCUUUAUGAAUUCACGAGGAACACAAAACAACCUGAACGUUGAAGAGAUAAAAAUUACAAGGACACUGUUUAUUGUUCUUUUAGUCUACAUGAUUUGUUGGACACCGAUUCUAAUUAUGGACCUAAUAGACACUUCCAGAGGGUUUUGGUCACUGAGCAGAGAAGCGUAUACCUGCUAUAGCUUUCUCGCAGUAGUUAGCAGCGCGACUAAUCCGAUCAUAUAUGGAUUCAUGAACCCUGUUUUCAAGAAAGAGUAUCUGAAAAUUCUGUGUUGCAAAAGAAAUCGAAACAGAAAUAAUCUUCCGAGGAUGGUAAACGUGGAAGCUGCUGCUGCUGCUAACUCUAAAGCGACAACCAAUACCUUACAGAUCGUGUCGGUUUGUUCGACGAUAACAUGACUUUCUCAUUAGGACAUUCUAUACUAUACGAGUCUUCGGAGAAAAAUACUAAAAUAAGUUUUUCACGAAAUAACGUUUUUUUCUUUU